GUAAUAUAUCCUCCACAUUCAAAACUCACAGAUAAAGAGAAAACCAAUAUUUGCUAUUUGUCUUUUCCGGAUUCAAAUUCAGGUUGUCUUGGGGACACACAGUUUUGCUUUAGAUUUCGACGGUCUCCUGGAAGGAAAGUCUCAUUGUGUUGUUUUCUGGACCAGUUGGAUAGAGAUCUACCAGUUUACUUAAAGAAAGAUCCGGCAUAUUACUAUGGCUAUGUAUAUUUCAGACAAGUUCGAGACAAAUCAUUAAAAAGAGGCUAUUUCCAGAAGUCGCUGGUCCUCAUCAGCAAGCUACCAUAUGUCCAACUUUUUCGCACCAUGCUUAAGCAAAUAGCUCCAGAAUAUUUUGAGAAAAAUGAAGCUUUCCUGGAAGCAGUUUGUAGUGAUGUUGAUCGUUGGCCACCACCAAUUCCAGGGAAAAUACUGCAUUUGCCUAUUAUGGGUAUGAUAAUGAAGUUGCGGAUUCCAACAUACCGUGACAAGCCUGGAACAACGCCAGUAGUACAAAAUAUGCACCAGGCAGAUGCUCAAAUCUCCUUGGCUUUACCGACUGUUCAUGAAGUAGAUCUUUUCAGGUGUUUCUGUCCAGUGUUCUUUCACAUUCAGAUGCUUUGGGAGCUAGUACUGCUAGGAGAACCACUUGUCGUGAUGGCACCAUCACCAUCAGAAUCUUCAGAAACCGUGUUGGCACUUGUUAGUUGCGUUUCACCGUUAAAGUACUGCAGUGAUUUCAGGCCGUACUUUACCAUACAUGACAGUGAAUUUAAAGAAUAUACAACUCGCACGCAAGCCCCACCAUCUGUCAUUCUAGGGGUGACGAAUCCUUUUUUUGCGAAAACACUUCAGCACUGGCCUCACAUUAUCCGAAUUGGAGAUCUUAAACUUCCAGGGGAAGUUCCAAAGCAGGUGAAAGUGAAAAAACUGAAGAAUUUAAAAACUUUGGACUCCAAACCUGGUGUUUAUACCUCUUACAAGCCAUACUUAAACAAAGAUGAAGAAAUAGUUAAACAGUUACAAAAGGGUGUCCAACAGAAACGGCCUACAGAAGCACAGAGUGUGAUUCUUCGGCGGUAUUUUUUGGAAUUGACGGAAAGUUUCAUUAUUCCAUUAGAGCGUUAUGUGGCAAGCCUAAUGCCUUUGCAAAAAUGCAUAUCACCAUGGAAGAGUCCCCCACAGCUGAGGCAGUUUAGCCAAGAUGAUUUCAUGAAGACACUGGAAAAAGCAGGACCACAGCUCACAUCAGGUUUAAAAGGAGACUGGAUAGGACUUUACAGGCAUUUUUUGAAAUCACCAAACUUUGAUGGCUGGUUUAGGAGCCGGCAGAAAGAAAUGACACAGAAGUUGGAAGCCCUUCACUUAGAAGCACUCUGUAAUGAGAACUUGGUUUUCUGGAGUCAGAAGCAUACUGAAGUAGAAACAGUGGAUCUUGUCUUAAAGUUAAAGAAUAAACUGUUGCAGGCUAACAGAGAACAUCUUCCUGUGAAAACUGACACACUGAAAAAGCUGCAGACGCACAUCAACGAUAUUAUACUAGCACUUCCAGAUGACUUGCAGGACAUCUUGCUCAAAACCGGCACAACAUGA